GAAAAAGGAGCUUUGGGGCUGGACAUUUUGAGGACUCAGCUAUCCCAAGGGAUUUUGUGCCUCGUGGAGAGACCAGACUGCUGCUGUUGGUGCCAGGAAGCUCUGAUUCCCGGGUGCAUCCUCCCACCAGUGGCUGGUCACAUCCCCUCUCCUCAGUUCUGUCCCCACAGGUGCUUCACCACCUGCAGGAAGGGACCCUCCCACUCACCUCUGCUCCUUUCUCUUCUCCCCAGAGCUGCGACUCUGCUGGCCACUCCCAGCCAUGAGGAUCCUGCCUGUCCUCUGUGCUCUGCUCCUCCUGAUGCUCCAGGGAGUGACAGGGCUGUCCCCAGUUGGAGCAUCAGCCCAGGAGUGCGAGCGCCGCGGGGGGUUCUGCUCGCAGCGCUCCUGCCCGCCGGGGAUCGGCCGCGUCGGGCUCUGCUCCGAGCGGGAGUUCUGCUGCCGGAUGUGA